UCACUCUAGGCUCCACACAGCUAGCCAGCUAGCCGAAGGAGGCUAGCAUUUCUCCUUCUCACAAAAUUGGGUCGACAGUGCGCUGUCCCUCGCACUAUUGAUGCAGACACACCGCGCGCGUUUUCAACAAACCUCUGCGACUGACCGCUUACCCCCCAAGCGCCGCGUUGCGAAGAAACGGACGCGCUAUAAAAUAGCGAAAUAUACCGGUUGUAACCAGCAAACUGUAGCUGGCUAACGCUAGCCGUUAGCUUCGAGAGUACAGCAAGUUAGGCGGCUGGCUGGGAAACCAUUACUGUAGAGGCGGCUUCCGACCGCCGGCAGUCGGGCUACCUGGGUCAGUCAGUUGCAAUAAUAGAAGGGACAUCGUGAUCAGUGGCCAAUGAGGAAGCCACGUCGAAAAGGCCCAGUGGCCGGAGGAGGUGGAGGUGGAGGUGGAGGAAAUGUCAAGUCCAAAUCCAAGUCCAAAUCCAAGUCCAAGUCCAAAUCCAAGUCCAAAUUCAAGACCAAAUCCAAGUCCAAGUCCAAUGGGACAGUUGGUGGACGUGGGGGUGCUCGCCAGCGAUCGCCAUCACCAUACAGCCUCAAAGCAUCUCCAAGCAGAGAAACCCUGUCCUAUUCCCAGGCCCAGAAGGUGGUGGAGGUGGAACUAGAUGGUCGGCUUCACCGCAUUUCUAUUCUGGAGCCCCUGGAGGUCAUUACUGAAGACGAGAUGAUGGCUCAGGACAUAAGUGAAUGCAACAGCAACAAGGAGAACAGUGAGCAGCCAUCACCCCCCACCAGCAGUGCCCAAACAGUCCUCAAACCAGCGACGCCCCGAGGCCGCAGAAAAGACUCCAAAUGCACCGCCAUCAAGUCGCCGCCACCUUCCAAGAACCACUGCCCUACUUCUCACCCUCAAACGCCGGAAAAGCUGCAUACGACACACCAUCACCACGUGACCCUCCCCGAGCCUAAGUUUCGGGUGCUAGAAACCUUCACGCCAGUCGAGGCAUCUCCUCUGCCUACGGCAUAUUACCGUUACAUUGAACGCUCAGCUGAGGAGCAGGAAGCUGAGGCCGAGUACGAUAUGGAUGAAGAGGACACUGCCUGGCUGGGGAUGGUCAACGCUGGACGGACAUCAGAGGGUUAUUCGGCUGUCUCGCAGGACACCUUUGAGCUGCUGGUGGACAGGAUGGAGGAGGAGGCGUACCGGGAGGCACGCAGCCGGGCACCAUCUCAGAGCACUGUUGACGACGAUGCCUUCUGCUGCGUGUGCCUGGAUGACGAGUGCCUCAACAGCAACGUCAUCCUCUUCUGCGACUCCUGCAACCUGGCUGUGCACCAGGAGUGUUACGGAGUGCCCUACAUCCCCGAGGGCCAGUGGCUGUGCCGCUGCUGCCUCCAGUCUCCCCAGAAACCCGUUGACUGUGUGCUGUGUCCGAACCGCGGCGGCGCCUUCAAGCAGACGAGUGACGGCCGCUGGGCACACGUGGUCUGCGCCAUCUGGAUCCCUGAAGUCUGUUUCGCCAACACGGUGUUCCUGGAGCCAGUGGAAGGGGUCAGUAACAUUCCCCCAGCACGCUGGAAACUGACCUGCUACCUUUGCAAGCAGAAGGGCCGCGGCGCAUCUAUUCAGUGCCACAAGGCCAAUUGUUACACUGCAUUUCACGUCACAUGUGCUCAGCGCGCUGGCCUGUUCAUGAAGAUCGAUCCCGUGCGAGAGACGAACGUCAACGGAACCAUGUUCUCCGUUAAGAAGACGGCGUUCUGCGAGGCCCAUUCGCCUCCCGGACAGGAAACUGUGUCGGACGAGGAGGGUGAAGGGAGAGUGGUGGGCAGCAGAGGGAGGGCUAGUAGAGGGCGGAGUGCCUACACAGACGGUCCUGCAACACCAAAGAAAUGCCGAAAAUCUGACGUUGGUGGCAAAACGGAUAAAAAAAAAGGAAAGAAGAGCUCAGACUCAACGGCUCAACAAACGACUUCACCACAAGUGACAGUGCCUCAGAUCCCCACAAGCAGGCUGACUAUCAUCUGCAAAGGAAUCAUCCUCCAGAGGAAAAACCAGUUCAUGCAAAGGCUGCACAGUUACUGGUUACUGAAGCGCCAGUCGAGAAACGGUGUGCCGCUGGUCCGGCGCAUACACUCUACCAUCCAAACCCAAAGGAGCACUGAGCAGCCUGAGGUGGAUGAGAAGGUUUCUGCUGCGAGAGAGGCACUGAGAUAUUGGCAGAAGCUUCGGCAUGACCUCGAAAAAGCCCGGCUGCUGGUGGAGCUCAUCCGCAAGAGGGAGAAACUCAAACGCGAACAGGUCAAAGUUCACCAGGCGGCCCUGGAGAUGCAGCUGACCCCAAUGUUGAUGCUGCUCCGCUCCACUCUGGACCAACUACAGGAGAAGGACGCAGCCCAGAUCUUCGCACAGCCAGUCGACCUCAAGGAGGUCCCAGACUACAUGGAGUUCAUCAGCCAGCCCAUGGACUUUUCCACCAUGCGCCUUAAGCUGGACAGUCACGCCUACCGCUCAGUGGCCGACCUGGAGGCCGACUUCAACCUCAUGGUGUCCAACUGCCUCGUCUACAAUGGCAAGGACACGGUCUUCCACCGGGCAGCACUGCGUCUUCGAGACUUGGGGGGUGCCGUACUGCGCCACGCACAGCGGCAGGCCACCAACACCGGCCUGGACCUGGACACUGGCAUGCACCUCCCGGAGUCGCCACAGAAAAGAGACUUUUACAGCUGCACCUGGGAGGACGUCGACAGCGUGCUGGAUCCAGACAACCGGCUUCAUAUGUCUGUGGAGGAGCAACUGAAGGAGCUGUUAGAAAAGAUGGACUUUGUCAGCUCCAUGCGAUGCAGCGGCGCACGAACCCGACGCAUCCGUCUGCUUCGCCGCGAGAUCAACCACAUCCGCUACAGGCAGGGCCAGCACCCCCGCCACAGCCUUCUCAACGGUCACCUGAAAGAAGAAGAAGACGACGGGGAGGACGACGGUGACGAGGAGGACGGCGACAAAGUCACCAAGGCAGAUAACGGCCUUUCGUCUUCGGACAAAGAAGACCUGAAAUCCACGCCGCCAAAACUGGAACCUACAGGUCCGGCUCCUCCGCCUCGACAAGGGGAUGCACCGCUGGAGCCCCCCACCCUGCGGCCGAUCACAGGGGAGCCGCUGUCCCCCAGCUGGCCCUGCAAACGCUUACGGAUGGACAGCGACCCUUUGGACAGGGCCACAGAGAAUGUUAAUUGUACUAAAACGCAGGAGCAGCCAGCAUCGCCGCCUCCCAUUUUGCACAGUGAAGCACUGGCGGUGGCCAAUGGUCUGCCAGACCUCUGCGCCCCCCCAAGGCCCACCACUGGGGGAGUUGGCCGACGGACCUCUGUGUUAUUCAAGAAGGCAAAAAAUGGAGCAAAGCUGUUCAGAGACCGAGAGAAUCCUCUGCCGAACGGAAAGGGGCCACCGGACGACAACGCGAGCAGCACCCCGACCGCGCCCAGCUCCGCUGCCAGCACCCCGUGCUCCACGCCUCUGUCCACUCCUUCCAAGACCCCUCAGAAAAGCCCAGGACCCCCUUCUCUCAGUGAACAGUGGACCCCCUGUCGAGACAUGUGCUCAGGCGGUGAGCUGGAGAAGACACCCAACCACACACUGGGAAGUGGACUCACCAACGGCUUCAGUAAGCACAAAGACGGCGGGUCUGACUCAGAAUACAGCCCGUGCCCCGUCCUCUACAAAGAAAUCAGCUCGCCGCCCAAACGAAGCCUUGGGAAACCAGCUCUUUCCAAAGUUCCCUACGUGGAGAUUGUCAACGGAGACUCGGAUUACACUGGGAACGGCAGCCAAGCGUCAGAGGAUGAUCUGGAGUUGGAGUCUCUAGAUCUGGUUUGGGCCAAGUGUCGUGGAUAUCCCUCCUAUCCUGCUCUGAUCAUCGACCCGGAGAUGCCCGAGGAGGGCCUGCUGCACAACGGGGUGCCCAUCCCCGUCCCGCCCAAAGACGUCCUCCGCCUGGGGGAGGAGAGACAGGAGGAGACCAACGAGAGGCUCUAUCUGGUGCUUUUCUUCGACAACAAGAGAACAUGGCAGUGGCUCCCACGUGACAAGGUGACGCCCCUGGGCAUCGACGACACGGCAGACAAGCUGCGCAUAAUGGAGGGCCGCAAGUCGAGCAUCCGCAAGUCUGUCCAGGUGGCGUACGACCGCGCCAUGAUCCACCAGAGCCGGGUCAGCCACAGCCAAGGCUUUGUGGCCUCCAACUACCUGUAGAGGGCAGGGGGGGGGGUGGCGAGUCAUGCUGCCGGUUGAAUUUGUAUUCACACUGCAAUCUGAAGAGCGUUGCCAUGGCUGCACUGAGUCCUGGACUGUAGUUCAUUACCAAACCACUAGUGCGUUCCACACACCGCAGUGGUGUUUGCCUUGUGUCGAGGGCCGUGGUGCUCCCGGUGUGGACAAGGUCGCCUUCAGGUCCCACAUCUCCAUGGGGGUCACUGAGCGUCAUCGUCUUCUGACUCCGCCUCGGUGUGUCCAGACUGUGUGUAUGCGUGUGUCUGGAUCAAGUGUCAAAAGGAUUUUCCCUCUUAUUUUGUUCAAUGCUACUGCCAAGGAAUCAAUUUGUCAGAAAAGAGAUUUUGACGUAUUUAUAUGAACCACAGAAGACAACUGAAUGGAACACUGCCAUCUUUUGUACGACAGCUUUUUACAUUUUAAUCUUUUACAAAGACACCUGUAUAUUAUAAAGGCACACCUUGUGUACAUAUGUAUGUGUGUUAUGAAGCCCAAUUUAAUUUAAUGUUGCCAUAUUAAAAAAAAAAAAAAAAGCGUAUUUCAAUCAACCCGCCAGGGGUGAAGCGGGGCUGUGUAUAGAUGUGGAGAUGAAAUAAUUCCUGACUUGCUGCAGUGUACUUAGGCUGUCUUUUAUGUCGUGUGUGUGUGAGCGUGUGAGACUGUGUGUGUGCGCACAUUCAGAGCAUACAACACAAUGAACCCUUGUUCUUUAUAUUUGAAUUCUCUUUUUUGAUACAGAGAGAAAUAAUUUAUUUAUGGAAGACAGAACUAUAGAAAUAAAGCUAUAUUGGUUAAAAUUGAGAAUUAAUUUUUUAUUUAAAACAAAUGGAGUGAGGUUUUUAAAACGACAUGCAGCCAACAUUUGAACAGAUCAGUCCACGUUGAGGAUUUGACUCUGAACCAAUCACCAUCAUUCACAGAUGACCCCCCUCCUCCCCAGAAGAUUCUAUUUAUUGUCGAGAAGCCCCAUUUUAUCAAAUGGAAGAACUACACCUUUAUAAGCUUGCACUCGCUGCAUAUUUUACCUGCUCACCAAAUAUUUUUGUCUGAACCGGUAUUUCCUAAUUUUUUUGGGAAAUAAAUGCUGUAUUAAAAACAUUUUGUGAUACUUUAA